UUUCUUAAAGUUUUACGAUAAUAUUUCCAGUUAAAUUUGGCAUAGGUUGUAAAUUUCAGCUCAAUUUGGACCAACUUAUCAAAACAUCUGUCAACGUCAUCUGAUGAAUGCUAACCUGCAAUGUGCAGAUUUUGCAGUAUACGUUUUGUAAAUAAUCAGGAUUUUGCUGAUUUGCUGAAUACGAGCCCCCACAAAACAACAGAUGCCUGUCGCGGCGUCACCACGUCUCCUCUAGUCAUGGCGAGGUGAUGUUGACUGUAGUGCCUCAACGGGAGACUGGAAUCUAUGAAAUAGCCUGCAGAGCCGCAAGUAUACACAAGUCAUGGAUAUAUUUAUGCUAUAGAGGCCAUUCUCACUAGUAAUUAACACUCCUGUGCGCGUCGUCGUCUUAGCGGAAUGCAAAGAGGUUGACAUCAGUGCAAUAAGUGAUGGGUAUCUACUGCCCGCAAUGCCGCGCGCACCGCGCCGCGCUGGCGGCGGCGCGGCGCCCCAUGAGCAUCGAGCGGCUCCCGGACGAGGUGCUGCUGCUCAUCCUCGAGCGCCUCCCCGCGCGCGAGCUGGUGGCCGGCGCCGCGCGCGUCAACCGCCGCUGGGCCGCGCUCGUGCGCCGCCGCGCCGCCUCCAUACACUGCCGUCUGCAGCUGCCGAGGCUGCCCAACACCCUGCGCUCUCUCAUAGUCACCUCGGGCCUCCAGUGCUCCAUACCUUCCCUGCUCACCGCCACGAUCCGCAUGAAGCACCUGCGGGAACUCUCCUGCCACUCCGGCGUACGAUUCUCCAACGACGAGAUAGCUUUGCUGGGCGCGUUGCCCAAUUUGAAGCAUCUAGAUGUGUUCACGGCGUGCGCGGCGCGGGACGUGUCGGACUCGGCGGUGGCGGAUCGCCUGCAGUCGCUGGUCGUCAACAGCUACACGGCGCGCUUCCCCGGAGCCGAGCGGUGCCAGCUGCGCGGGCUGCACAUGUACGGGGAGGCGCUGUUCACGCCGCCGACGCGGCUGCUGGCGCUCCUGCGCGCGCGGAAGGAGCACCUGACGGAGCUGACGCUGCGCUGCGCGGACCUGCGCUCGCACAUGUACGAGGCCAUCGGGGACUGCGCCAACAUGGUGAACCUGCAGCUGUACAGCUGCUGGCUGAUGUCCGCCGAGGACGCGAUCCGCGCGACGCGCCCGCAGGGGCUGCGGCGGCUGCACGUGACCGGCGCGGUGAUGGUGCGCCGCACCUACUUCUGCGAGGUGAUCCAGCGGCUGCCGAAGGGGAUCGAGGAGCUCGCGCUCAGCGGCUCGUCGCUCGGCGACGAGCACAUCGCGUCGCUGGCCGCUCGCCUGCCACACCUAAAGGUGUUAGAAGCUUGGCGGUGCCGCAUCACGCCCGAGGGAGUUUUGAAACUGGCCGCUUCCAUGCCGAAGCUGGAAGUUUUAGAUCUCGAUCUGCCGCUGCGUUCGGCGUACGUCGGGGCGUUACGGCGGCACGCGACGCUGGAGUUUAUCAGGUGUCUGUCGGAGAGGCCGCCGGCGGAGCGGGACUUCACUCGGCCGUACUGUUUGCGACGGCGGCCGGUGCAGCGCGCGCAGCCUUGUAACUGCGCCUCGAACGUGACCAAGGAGGUGGUGGAGCCGCCGGCGGGGCUGCAGGGGCCGCAGCGCAAGGUGCGCGUGGAGUGCGCGGCGGCGCGCUUCGCGGAGGACUCGUUCCGGCGGCGGGGCGAGGGGUUCCGCGCGAAGAUCUUCUACCACUGGACGUCGGCGCGGCUGCUGCGGCCGCUGCAGGACCCGCAGCUGGACCCGCCGUGGGCGACGGCCUACUGCGACGGCAGCUAGCCGCGGCGCGCGAGUGCCGGGGCCGCGGGCGCGGGCGCGGGCGGGGGGCUGCGAGCCACGUGCGAGCGCGAGCUGCAGCGCUGGCGGCGCCGCGCGCGCUCCGCUCUCUAGCGCCGCGCCGGCCAGCCCCGCCCCGUCUCCGGCGCAGACCAGCCCAGGUCCGCCGCGUGGGGCCCACGAAUAUGCCUUCACUCGGCAGAGCUCGUGCAAUAUUGCAGGUCAAUAAGAGAGCAGCUCGAAGCUGUGGUCCAGAUAGUCGGCUCGAGAAAUCGCAUGCUACUUUCGGUACAUUGAGGUUUUUGAUCGAUCGACUCUGUUAUCCGUAGCCAUCUAAAUGGAGCUGAUAUAUGUAAAAUUAAUCGAUGUAGGAAGUCCUCCGACUCCUGACUUCGACUGAAUUGAAGUAUGGUUCAAAACAUGCGUCGCGAGAGAACUGAAAUAAACUGUUUUAGUGGUUGUGUGUGUCUGUGUGACUGGUGACGAGUUUUAACUAUUUAUUAAAAGUUUUAGCAUAAUAGAGUAAAAUUACAAAUUGUAUAUAAUUGUACGUACCUAUCUAUAUUAUUGUUACUUUACACGGCCGACGCCAUAUUGUCUCAGCGCAUAUAAUGUUAGUUGUAAAGCAUAUGCCUAUGUAAAGAUUUGUAUACAUAUGUAGCUAUAAUGUAAUUUAUUGAUUUGUAUCGCUUGAUUUUUAGUUACCUUUUUACGACUAUUACGUGUAAUUUAAUUAAAAAUAUAUAAAUGAAUAGGGCGCAAAACUAGCCUGCGGAAAAGUAUUCUUUCAAAAAAGAUUGAAUGGUAUCCCAUAUGAACCGCUAUUCUAUAGGUAUUAACUGUUGAUGGACUUUUUAUGAAAGAGAAACUGUAUUUUUACUUUAAAAUUGAAUUAAUUUACAGAACUGAGUCAACCCAUUCGAAUCCUAGGCCACUGUAGAACCAUUUCAUAGUAAACGCCAAAGUGAUUUAUAUAUUAUAGCAACUAAAGGACAGUGUCAAUAUGACAGGUUUCUAAUGUAUUUUGACAUUGGUUGACCGUACAUUACUUCUUACAGGUACAUCGUAUUGUACCUACCUACAGUAUCAGAUAUAAUAACUGACCAUAAAACUGAAACUUUUUCUAAUACAUACUUUUACAAAUGACAUACUAUCAAUGUUACUUUGUGUGACUCAAUCUCAUAUAUUUAAGUUAAGUCAACCUCGUACCGCAGAUCAACCUGCAGUUAUUGUACUAGUUUGAGUCGCACAACCAUCGAUUUAUCUCUGAAGUUGAAAGAAAAAACGAGCAAUCUGUGUUUCUGAUCUCAAGACAACGCAUGUUUUCAUACACUACAAGGGUCGUGCAUUUUUGUGAUUUUUCUUACUUAACUUAUAUUUUAUUUAUCUAUUUUAAUUUAUUUUAGUUUAAGUUUUAUUUCUGCCAGCUGUGGACUUCAGCUUAUCUUUUUACAUUAUUUAUUCGUUAAUUUAUUUCUGUGAAAGUAUGGACUGUGUAAACUGUGUUAAAUAAAAGUAUUGUAAGUAAAGUAAAGCGUUUGCUUUACUGACAAAGUAGAUGUGUUUCAGUAUAGCAAUCGCAUAGCGACAUAAUAUGUAAGCCGAGUUAUUGAUUUGAUACCUGGCAGGAUUGAUAUAACUAUAAGGCUAUUUUUCUGCUCAACAAGACCGUCUGAGUGGAAAGGCAGCCCAUGUUUAAGAAAAGUCAUUAUUCUAAUUUAAUAGCUAACGUAUACUUAAUAUUAUUUUCCCCUCACUAGCUCGGAAACUCGUGUUUUGUCCUUUAAUCACAGCGGGUAAAAACGCAUUUUAUCCACUAGUGGGUAAAGUAAUUUGACCUUGA